AAUCGUGAUUUCAAUAUACUUAUACAAAGACGUGAUAACAUAUAUCAGUUUUCUUAAGUUUAGUUAGGUUAUCAAGUCUCAUAUACGUAGUAUAUUCAAGCCAGUGAGAGUUGUGAACAUUUGCAUUUUAUGUCUGUAUGUCAAGUCAAUCUAACCAGUAUGUGGUUUAAUCGAUUAUUUAAAAACUAUCAACGGUAAACACCUACAUGGACCCGAGCAGACACUACUGAAAUGAGCAGUUAAACUAAUGACAAGGUCAUGGAUGCUCGAACUGGGUCUAUUACAGGGGAGUCGACUCCUCUGUUAUUUUCUUUACGACCAAAGAAACCAGCCUUGUGCGUACAGCUUAGUUCUGUGUUGGUUGCGUGCAUAGGCUCAGUGUCUGUAGGUAUGGUACUUGGCUAUUCCUCUCCGGCACUGAUUGAAUUGAAGACAGAAUUGACUGCGGAUCAAGCUUCGUGGUUUGGGUCUUUGCCGACCAUUGGUGCAUUAAUUGGGAGCCCACUCGGAGGGUUAUUCCUCGAUCUGGUUGGGCGGCGUACAGGUUUAGCAUUUAUGGUUGUGCCUUUUGUGGCUGGCUGGUUGCUGAUUGUAUAUUCCCAGGGUUAUCUAUGGCUAUACGCUGGACGUUUCCUCACUGGAAUAGCGAUUGGGAUGUCUAGAUUAAACGUGUCAGUUUAUAUAGGAGAGGUAGCCUCGAAGGAAUAUAGAGGCGUGCUUGGAACGUUGAAUCAGCUGGGCGUUUCCAUAGGGCUCCUCCUUGUGUACGCCUUGCCAUUUCUUUUACAUUGGAGAUGGAUGGCUUUAGUGUGUGCAUCCAUAGCAACAGUUCUUCUACUUGGAAUAGUAUUUGUGCCAGAUUCACCAAGAUGGUUACUAAUGCACAAGUAUAGAGAGGAGGCCGUGUCAGCAUUGCAUAAACUUCGUGGAGAUAAAUAUGACAUUGAGCCAGAGCUGUUGGAAAUGGAGGCCAAUAUAAUGGCGCAAUCCAAAGAGAAAUUCAAACUGAGUUACUUACGCAAACCCUCGGUCUACAAACCUCUAGUGAUAUUAGUGAUUUUAAUGGCAUUCAAGCAGCUCUGUGGCAUGGGUGCCUUAACAUAUUAUGCUCUAGAAAUUUUUGAUUCCACAAACUUCAGUAACCUUCACCCGGCAAUGAUAAUAGGUGGUGUGAAUGUCGUUGGGACAAUAUUUUCUGCAAUGAUUAUUGAUAAAGCAGGGAGAAGGAUACUUUUGAUAACAUCAGGGAGCAUUCUUACCUUAAGUUCAGGGGCGUUAGGAGUUUAUUAUUAUCUCCAUGACAACCACGACAUGGACCUAACAUGGUUAUCAUUAGUAGGUAUUAUAGGUUUCUUCAUUGGGUUUUCUACAGGGUGGGGUGGUAUACCUUGGAUACUCCUCGGAGAGCUUUUCCCAUUAAAGGUACGCAGUGCUGCAAGUGCAUUAUCCGUAUUUGUCAAUUGGGUGUCUGCGUUUAUACUAACAAAAGAGUAUUCUACGUUAGAGGGUUUUGCUCAUAAGUAUGGUGCCAUGUGGUGCUUUUCAGGGAUAAGUCUUCUUGGCGUGAUAUUCAUUGUUGUAGUGCUACCUGAGACGAAAGGAAAAUCUCUUGAAGAAAUUGAAGAAUAUUUUGAGCAAUCGAAUAAACCACUUGCAAGACUUGACAAUAAAGUCACCAAUGAACAAACCCCUACAAGUAUUCAAACAACUUAGCUACUUGAACUAGAGGAGGGAGGAGUUAUUAAACUGUGUAAGACCUUCAAGAAAUCAUAUGAGAGGGAUCCUGAGAUUAUUAUUAUUCACUAGAGUGAUCAUUUUUACUAUUAUUGCAUAAUAGGGACCCAGAAUACAACAGCUUAA